AUGGACGACGACUGGGAGAGAGUCCUCUGGAAAAAGAAAGUCUAUCCUGAUAACUACGUUCCCAGCUCGUUCCUGUCCUCUCUCACUAGAAAUCCCAACUUCAGACCAUACACUUAUAUGAGCCUGGUAUUUUCGUCUUGUGCCAUCAAUCAGCACCUAUCUACUAUUUUCACGUUCCUGGCUGUCUUUGUCCGCCUGAACGAGCAGCUGUUGGACCCCCGUGUUCUCGUAUGGUUGUCGAUAUGCGGAUUUAUUGCGGUCUACGCGAUGUGGGAACUCCUAGACUACUGUUCUGAUAACAAGACAUCAACCAGUACCCAACGUAUGGAGGCUGCUCUAUUUCCGUUCGGUCCUCGUGUUCACACUAUGCAUCCAGGAGCCAAAACGAUCAAAUCCUCGAUCCUGGUGUUCCUCGCCUUGAUGUCGCUGUCCCCCGUCUUGAAGACGUUAACGGCUGCUACCUCGUCUGAUUCUAUCUGGGCGUUAUCCGCGUCUCUCUUUAUUUUGAACGCACUGCUGGCGGAUUACACUGCCCUUCGCCCUGAGACUUACCAUCGAGAGAGGCGAGUAGUUGCGCCAUGUCCCACGCAGCUUGGACUAAUAUCAAAUGUAUGGUUCGAUGUGGCCAGGCUAACCUCGGUCCUGUCGAUGAACGCAGCCAUAUCAGCAGCGGUCGUCCUUGCUUCGCGGCUCCCUGAUGACAUAUCCGUGUUCGCUCUCAUGCUGCUCUCGAUUCAGCUCUUCGCGCUUUUCCCCAUAUUGCGCCGCCGCCUACAGGGCGACUCGAGAGCCGGACAAGUCCUUCUGACCUCGGUCCUGUCCGCAUCUUCUAUCCUGUCCGCGGCUUCACUGUCAUUUACCGCUACGUGCUUGAUCGCAGUCACCCUGGCCUUUGUGACGUUUGUCGCGCCCGGGGUUCUCGUUUGGGCGCAGAAGUACAAGAACGAGAUCAGGGGCACCUGGGACCCGGCGGUGCCCAAGGUGCACAACACGGAGCGUCCCGCAGAGUUCCGCGGACAAUCACGAUGA